AUGGGAGCAGGAGGAGAGCUGCAUGGGAGCAGGAGAGUCGACGGAAGCAAGAGAAGAGUCGACGGGAGCGAAAAGUCGGCGGAGUGGAGGAGCUAUAACCGCCGCGAGCGGUCCCACCACCGGCGGUCCCUGCGCCUGCAGCCUCCAGCCGCCUGCAGCUUCCAGCCGCCUGCAGCUUCCAGCCGCCUGCGGCCCCGCCUCUGGUGGCCCCGAGCCACCUGCAGCCUUCAGCCGCGUGCAGCUUCCAGCAGCCCCGAGCUGCCCAGACACCAGCGGUCCAGCUGUCAGCGGUCCCUCGAUGCCUGCGGCCCUGAGACUCCAGUGGUCCAGUGGCCCAGCGGUCAGCGGUCCCGAGAUAAGAGUGGUCCAGCAGUCCAGUGGUCAGCGGUCCCCACGCCUGCAGCCCCUAGACGUCAGUGGUGCCGAGACACCAGCAGUCCACCCCAGCGGUCAGCGGUCCUGAUGCCUGCAGCCCCUGGAUGCCAGCAGUCCCGAGACGCCAGUGGCCCAGAGAUGCCAACGGCCCCUAGCCGCCAGCAGCCUUGCCGCAAAAUGCCUGAGCCAGAGCGGCCUUGUCCGCAGCGGUGGCUUCCUCUGGGUGGCAGCCUUGUCAGAGUGGUAUUGUGGGGAGCAGAGUCUGUGUCAUCCGGGUUGUCCUCCUUGUCAUCAUCGCUGUCAUUGUUGCCUCUUCGACGUCGGGAGAGGCCUCGUCCGGGAAGCGGUCUUGUCCAGAAUUGCCUCUUCUUGGGAGCGGCCCUGUCUGGGGAGCAACCUCAUGGAGCAGCGGCCUCAUCUUGGGAGUGGCCUCUUCUUGGGAGCGGCUCCGAUCAUGGAGCGGCCUCAUCUGCGGAGCAGCCUCAUCUAGAGCAGCCUCGUCCAGAGCAGCCUUCUUGGGAGUGACCUUGUCGGGAACAUCAUCCUCACCUUUUCGUAAGAGAUAGCCCUGACUGGUCAGUUUGAUUCUUGAUGCUUGGCGCAAAAUAAAGUUUUGU